GCCAACCACACUUGCCUACACUCACGACUUUGUUGAUGCCCUGUAAUCUUGGCUGAACCCUGCCCUACUGGGAGAAGCGUAAUCAUCAAAGAAAUGCCACAAUGGGUGAGCUGACCAUAUGAAGGAUUUGGCAUGUCAAGUUGGGAUCGAUGAUGUUCAGUCAGUUGGACGGACCACCCCAACCUUCGCUUGACUGCAGGAAGAUCACAUUGAUGACUGGUGGAUACCCUAAAAGUGCCAGGUCCGUAGAUCAAAUGCUGAUGGUGGAUCACAUGCUUUGCGAAUUCCUUGGACAAUACUGCAUCCUUGAUUCUGGCCAUGUCUGUGCACAGAGCAUGUUGCGAUAUCAAGGUUCCCCGCCUGGGCUCCUUGAACAAAAACCCAACCUCGGCAGAGGAAGGUGCAUCCUUGGAAGAAUUCCGCGCUCACUGCACUGAGCAAGGGCUGGAAUGUGAUACCAUCCACUACUCAGUGCCCAGAAGACCCUCAAAGGGACAGAGUGAAGCCAAGAAGGGCCAGGUCACCUUCUUCGGUGAUGUUGACUGGGUAAUCCAGGGCAAUCCCGACCAGGAGAAGGUGCAGCGAAUCAUCGAUAUGGCGGACAUCCGCUAUGGCUUCGAAGCUGGCACUACCGCCCCGCCCGGCGAUGACGCGGGGCACGGCGAGAUGGUCGCCUUCAAUGGGAAUGGCUUUGUGAAGUCCACACGGACCGGGAGUGCAGAGUAUUACAAGACCGUUUAUGGGACCUACAUCCGAUGUGAAGCCGCUGGAUUCGUCAGCCCGGCUGAUGCGCAGCCCGAUUUCGUUGCCAGCACUCAGCAUGGAGGUAUGACCUGGACAGCAGCUUUGAAUGAUAUGUUCACCAACGUGGAAGAGCGGUGUGGCGCGGUGGGCGCAGCCUUUGGAGGGAUGGUGCAUUUCGAGAAGCUUGUAGGUGUUGCCAUCGCCUUGCCAACCAUGAGCAAGGAAAACAUUUUUGAGGCCAAAGAGAAGUAUUAUCCCUUCGCUCCCCAUGUGGAGCACAACGUGCGCUGUGUGGUGGUGGGCUUCAUCGCAGAUAUGGCAGCCGCGGCCACGAAGGGGGUCAGCGGAUUGGACAAGGUCUUGUACAAAGGUGCAUCUGGUGCAGCUGGCGGAGGUGCAGACAACUCCUUAGCGCUCCACACCCAUUUGGUGACCCUCCGUCGCAGCUGCGUCGCCCAACGGCCGCAAGACGUGCGACCGCAGGAUGUGAAAGAGGUCUAUCACCUGGACUCUUCGAGCAUUGUAGCUGACUUCACUCUUGAAGCCUGGCUGAUCGACAAGUCAUUGGAGGAGCAUGAGACCCUACCACCCACCAGCUCGCUCCGCUCGAUUCCCGCGCCGGCACCAGCGAAGUGCAACUGUUCAGAAUGGGUUGUCAAUGCGCUGGCUGACGCCGGCGUGACGCACAUCUUCGGCGGACAUGGAGGAGCUUUGGUGCCCAUGGUGAAUGCCAUUUGCAAGAACCCGAGGGUGAAGUGGAUCUACACACGCAACGAGGCCAAUGCCUCAUUAAUGGCGGCCGCCUAUGCGAAGCUCACCGGGCGCUUGGCCGUGUGCGUCGCCACGAGUGGCCCCGGCGCCUCCAAUCUCACGACAGGGCUACUGGAUGCUCUCCAAGAUCAAUGUCCCAUGAUCGCGAUCACCGGGUUGAAGCCUCGCGCGGGCAUCGGCUACAGCGAGUUCCAAGAUUUGCAGCAGAGCCGCAUGUUCGCGGCGGGCGGUCUUCCCAUGAGCUUAGAUGUGCAUUCAGCCGACGCGCUCGUUCCAUUACUUCGUGAUGGAGUUGCGAAAGCCUUGACCCUGAGGACGACGGUGCACCUUGGAGUGCCAGUGGAUGUGCAAGCUGCAGAGAGCCCCGUGCCACUCAAACCCUUUUGCGCGGCCGAUGUGCGUGACGAUGUGGAGCACGGUGCCUCCCACUCCUUUGCCAUCAAGAACGUGGCUUCCGAGCUCCGCGCCGCCGCGGAGCGCGGCGCCGGGCGCUGCGUCAUUGCCUGCGGACACCGGGCGGUGGGCGCGGGGGAGGAGAUCCUGAAGCUGGCGGAACGAAUCCAUGCGCCGGUGCUCACACGCUUAGAUGCCAAAGGCGUGGUGAACGAGGCCCAUCCCUUGGCCUUCGGUGUGAUUGGAGUGCAUGGGAAGUCUGGCCUGGAGAAAGCCACAAAGGUCAUUGAAAGCGCGCAGCUGAUCAUUUCCAUCGGAAGUCACGACGACACGCUGCUCUUGUGCAAUCGAGCUGGCCUUCAGAUUCGGCCCAUGAUCAAGUUCGAGCCAGAUGCCAUGUGCCUCCAAAUCAAUUCUCGCUAUCGAGCCCUCUAUGACAUCGUGGGAGAGAUCAAAUAUACCUUGGGCCGUUUGUUGAAAGAACUGGGCGAGCCCAAUCCAGCUGGUCUCUCUUCCAUUUCCGUCGGACUGUCUUCAGAAAACAUUCCGCGGCUGCCGUCCGUGUCGCUCAUGGAAUCUUGGUCUAGGGAGCUGGCCUAUAGUGGUAUGGACGUAACUGCACCGGACGCUGCCACCCUCCAUUUGGCCACUCCCAUGGCCCAACAAGCGAAGUUGGAACUUCCAGAGGAGACCAAGGAGCUUUGGCGCAAUCUUCAUACAGGACAGUGGCGAGCUCCGGAGGAAGAUGUGUGUUAUGUUGGAAGCCGCUUCCAAUGCACCAGCAUGGGCAGCAGCGACUAUUGCCAUCCAGCCAUUGUCAUGGAGGAGAUGUCAAGUCGGAUGGACAGCAACGACGUGCUUUGUGUGGACGUGGGUGACGUGACCUUGUGGGCAAGCCUUUCGGCGUGCUUGAGCAAGGGGCAAAGGACCUUGUCUUCCGAGCGCUUGGGCACGAUGGGCUACGGCCUUUGUGCUGGUUUGGUGGCCAGCUUGGUUCGUGGGUCGACUGGCCGGGCUGUGGUGGUCGCUGGCGAUGGAGGGAUUCAGAUGACCAUCAACGAGCUGGGCACUGCGAAGCAAGUCUUCGAGGAGUCCUCCGACGAGCACAGCUUGGUCAUCAUUCUCCUGGACAACAGCAAGCUUGGCCGUGUUGUCUUCGGAUUUGAGGGUGCAGAGGGCUGUGACUUGGUGAGCAAUAUCGACUUUGUCAUGCUUGCGAAAGCUUACGGUGGCGAUGGCCUCCAGGUCUCCUCUUGCGAGCAGCUCGAAGGCGCUAUGGAUGCGGCGUUCAAGUCCAAGGGCAUUUUCAUGCUUCACGUCCUAACAGAUCCUGAACUCAAGGCGGAUAUGGCCACCUUUCAGGACAAAUCCAUUACCAUGAUGAAUAGCGGCUGAGAGAACGAUACCCGACGAUUCGGGACGCCCAGAAGGCCUCACUGUUUGCCCUUGGUCUGGAAUCCCCACUUCUGGGGCAC